GAAAAGGAGUAGUUUGUGCAUAAAAACCGGCCUUAAUCCCCGGAUCGAAUCUCGCGCAUUCUCGGUCGGCUCCUAUCCUCGGGCGAGUUCGUAUCGCCAUUUGUCGAAACGGCUGGUCGCUCGUGCAGGUUCGGCCGGGUCUGGGAUUCCGGCCGAGGCCGGGGCUUCGAGGGGUUUUCGGUUGCUAGUGCAGACCAGUGCAGACAGUCGCUGGCAGUCGCAGGGUUCGAGCGGUCGAAGGCGGGUUGUUGGCGAGAGAGCAAGGAACAGGAGAGUCACGUAGUGUCAGUGCGGGGCCAGUGGCAGUGGUGCUCUCCCAGUAUCCCGGCUAUCGAUCGAGGAGCUCUCGUUACUUUGGCGAUCGGAUCGUGAUAUUGCGCGCGGCCUGGAUAGCGAGAAGAGGAGUUCCGUUUCGCUUGGACUGACCUCGUCGUCGUGUUGGUUGGCAUCGUCGCGUUUUCUUCUUGGCGUCUGGUGCGGGCUAGUCGAGGCCGGACGCACGCCGCGACCGGUUGCAGGUGCGGGUGCGGGUGCAUAUUGUGCGUGCAAGGUGGGACUCUGCAAAAGCGAAGAGAACGAUGGACGGCAGCUCGGAGCCGCCGCCGUCGGACCUGACGGCAGUGGGAAGUGAAAACGACCCAAGGAGAAGGAGCAGCGCUGGAGACGGCGACGGUGACUCUGAGGUCACGACAAACACGCCAUUGGCUGCUCCCACAAUGGAUAACAGCCAGGGUACGAGUACAAGGGGCUCAUCGUCUCCGUCUCCUCUCCCGACCCCGACUUCGUCUCCGGCGGGGUGUGGCUGCGUCGCGGCUACUGGAGACCCUGAGGAUAUCACCAUUAGCAUUACUCCCACCACCGGUGGACAGUUCGACCUCACCGUCGAGCGCACGGACACCGUUGAGAGCCUCAAGAAAAUCAUCUCCAAGAGGCUGAAGGUCGCCAAGGAACGUAUUUGUUUACUGCACCGCGAGAGGCAACUCCGUGAGGGCACUCUCGAGGAAAAUCGUCUUCAGGAUGGCAGCCGCUUGACUCUACUGCCCAGCGUGGAGACGGGAUUGCUGGCACAGCGACCGGAACAAAGCGUAAUGCAAGCACUGGAGAGCCUGAACGAUUCUCAAGUGAACGAUUUCCUCUCCGGGAAAGCUCCGUUGAAUUUGACAAUGCGUCUGGGGGAUCACAUGAUGCUGAUACAGCUGCAAUUGAGCACCGUGACACCAGCCACACCUGCAACCGGUUCCUCCGGCAAUCCUACGACGAGUUCGGCAACCUCCUCCUCCUCGGGGAGCAACGCGAACGUGACGAGUACAGCCGGGACGACGAAUGGGAACGGUUCCUCGACGGCGCAGAACAGAAGGUCCACCGUCUUGACGGCGGGCAGUUCGUCGAACUCCACCAAACUUCAAAAUGGCAGUGCAGUAGCCAGGACGUCCUCAUUGAUCAGCAGCCUGGCAUCCGCACUGAAGGCGGCGGCCAGCUGUAGCACCAGCCUCUCAACGGCGACGACCACGACAAAUCCCGUCAGCUCGGAACGGGCAGCCAUGUCCUCGUCGUCGACGGGGUCUACAUCCACAUCGACUACCACCUGUUCACCAAUGAGUUCCGUGCACUCGUCAUCCUGUACUCAAUCACAGUCUCAAGUCAAUCGGGCUAGCAAUUCCUCAGUGACCAAUACCUCCAGCUGUAAAUCCCGCUUUCUGCAUCUUCACCAUCCUCAUCACAGCCUUUAUCAUUAUCAUCACCAUCGUCGACAUCAUCAGCAUCACCAGCACCACCAUCACUUUAGGCACAAGCAGCCGUCCUUGGAUCCUCUUCAACCGCUUACCUCCACUACCAGUCCGGACCCCUCUACCAGUUAUGAAAGCAGUCCGGGCACGUCGCCCAAGAAGAAAAUUUGUUCGAGUCAUCAUCAUUCACCACAGUCGAGCACCCCUGCAGAUUGCAGAAGUGCCGGUGAUACUACUACUACUACUUCUACCACUACUACUCCGCAAAGUCCUGGGGCUGCUGCUGGUACCUCAGCCGUGGUGGUCGCCGAUGGUGGAAAGGCUGCGACCGCCCUGGACACCCGGGCACUCGCCGAGGCAUCGCGCAACCUCACACAGAAGCUCAAGCAGCUCUCCUCUGAGGAAAACGCGAGACGCAGACAAGGUGCAAUAAUCGAGAGUAUGCAUCACCACGGGAAGGGCGUCUACUCCGGGACGUUCAGCGGCACUCUCAAUCCAGCACUUCAGGAUCGUCAUGGACGACCGAAACGUGAUAUCAGCACCAUCAUUCAUAUACUGAACGAUCUACUCUGUGCCACACCUGCAGCGACUGCUGGCCAUUACAGGCAUCAUCAUAGGCAUACCAGUGGUCGUCAGCAAUCGACUUCUUCAUCCUCUGCAGUCGCUUCUAACAUUGGUAGCAACGCUACGACCGGCACUACUGGCUGUCACGACUCCUCGACAACGGGUUACUCAACAGAAGAACUUUCGAAGGAGAACGAAGCGACAAAGGGCAAGAUGAGAAGAUUGCGUCUGGUGAUGGAACAAAGAAGAGCCAAGAGGAAAGCCAGACGACAAGCAAGGGCAGCACCGUAUACUACUCAGUGGGCCGCCCUGACGCCUGAUCCUGACCCUAACCAUGAUCCAAACACGAGCUCAGCCACCUCGAGCGCCACCGGUACGAAUUCCGCGGAACCACAGAACGAGCCCGAGCUUCAGCCUUGCAGUCCUGAACCGGUUGUCGCUUGAAAUCAUCGUUUACUACUCCCUUUUCUCAUCCGAGUAGCAUCCUUCGCUCGAUCAUGCCUCGAAAUCUCGACUGCGAGGCUUUUCCAUUCGUACCCAUCAAACCUUAUAGUAGAGGGCGGGACGCAAGCAUCGCUUGCUAUACUUCACUUUUCACACACGUUGACUACGCCCUGGGGUUCUAUUCUAUCAUAGUUUCUACACUCAGGACCUGAUAUAGCUGACAAUAACCUGUAGUCAACGAACCGGUCGCGACCACUUCGAGCGUUCCUUAUCGUCGUCACCCUCGUCAUCAUCGUCAUCAUCAUCAACGUCGUCGUCGUCGUCGAGAAUAGACGAGCAGGAAAAAGAAAAAAAAGAACAGACCCAGAAAAAACAAACGACGGCUGAACGCAGCGAAGAAGGACGCAACUGCGAUGAGAAUAAUGCAGCCGCUAACGUUCGUCAUCCUCAUCCUUGUAAUCAUAGUCCGCGUCCUCAUCCUCAUCAUCACCCACUGCAAACUUAUCUACAAACAGAUAGACACAGCCUUUUCACGGAUCCUUUAUAAUCACCUAAAUAAUGAUCAGCACCAUCAUCAUCGUCAACAUCAUCAACGUCGUAUAAUCGUUAUCAUCGUCAUCACGCUGCUACCACGCAAAAUCGAACGUAGUCUUGCAUUAGCACAUCAAAGAGGGACGUGUGAUCAGGACCCCGAUAAUCACGUGUCCCGGAAACAUCAUCAUCCUCUCCUUCUCCGUCAAUUCCUUGUACCACUAAACUCUACUACCAGAACCCAGAGUCUCGAGGAUCUACGUAGACGAUAAUACAAUUGAUACAUAGAAUAAAAGAAAAACGUUACUGAUCUACCAGUCAUUUGUAACCUCAAAUAUUUUAUAGCAACGGUGGGAUCGCUGGUCAUAUAAUGCGAUAGUCUGAUCUCUGACCCCCAUAGCGUCGGUACGAUGUCCUCAAAACGAUGGCCUUUGGCACCGAUCAGACUGCACGAUUGUUUCGAAUAUGGAGAAGGAGAUAUAUUUUUUGCCGGAUGGGGUCAGGUGGUUCCCGUAGGUAGACGGUAGGUCCCCCACUGUAUGGCCUCGACGUCAGAAUUCGUUUAGGUUUAUUAGGUACUAAAUAACAUUAUAUUAUCUUAUAGUAUAUUGCGUUAGGUUACUUAGGAAGAAUUAUUAUUACUAUUAUUAUAUUAUAUUAUUAUUGCUAUUAUUAUUAUUAUUAUUAUUAUUAUUAUUAUUAUUAUUAUUAUUAUUAUUACUACUAUUAUUACUACAGUUUUGAAAAACUGGCUCAACAUUGUAACAUACGAUUAUCAAACCUUUAUCGAGUACCAAAAUAAAUAAGAAUGCUUGCUAAGUCAAGGUAAAAUCCGUUUCCGCCUCGUCUUGCGAAUCGAAGGUCUCGAAAUAUACUGCAAAGGUACGAUCUAGAGGCGGCGAGUGCAAACGGUUCAGAGUUUUGGCGAGGGGGAGGAGCGAGGAGGGAACUGGAAAAGAAAGAAAAAUGUAUGUACCAUAUCUACGGGUGUUUUUUUUGGACUAUAUACUAUAUAAGGAGAGUGAGAGAGAGAGAUAUGCAGCCGGUCGAAGUAACAGAAAGUUAGAAGGUCGCGUAUAGCAAAAUGCGAGCCACGCAGUACGACUUUAUAUCUUUGGUAAGAUAUAAUUAUGCGAAUCUAUGACAAUGUAAGUUGUGUAUGCCGAUGUUAUCGUUAUCGUUAUGAAGUAUCAUUUACGUUAUCCUUACUGUGUAUUGCGUACGAAGACUGUUGAAGUCUACGAUAAAAUUGGAUUAGAAUAUAUUUAAUGGAAUGCGAGAGAGAGAUAGAGAGAGAGAGAGAGAGAGAGAGAG